UCACAAUGUAACAUUUUUAACAGUAGCUGAAAACUACAUUCAUCGUGGAUUAACAAUAGAAAAAAUUGACUCUAUUUGUAUGCAUGAGAAACCUGCAGUAAAUCUCUAAAUGUCAAGGUCAAUAAUUCCAGAUUCUGAAUUCAUAGUUUGUGCAAGGUUGCAUUGCCGGUUCCGAAAUGUGUAAUCUGAAUUCGUUCUCAGCACUUAUCAUGUCAGCUUGUGUGACAAAAUGUUGGUGGUCACUGUGUUGUUCCUUGCAAUUAUUUUAUACUUUUUCUUAAAGAAAAAACGAACAAAAUGUGACAAAAGCUUCCCUCAACCACCAGGAAAUAUACUUUUGGGGCACAUACUACAUAUAACCUCCACCACACAUAUAUUGGAUGGCGCAAAAAAUUUUCUCAGCUAUGGUGACACGGUUACUUUAAGAUUCGGACCUGACAUUUGUCCUGUCCGCAAAGGCCUCCUCACUCAAGAUCACAGUCUGAUCGAAUUCAUGUUAAGCAACAACAACCUGAUCAAAAAAUCUGAAAAUUACAAAUUUUUAAAGAAAUGGCUUGGAAACGGAUUAUUGGUAAGCGAUGGCGACUACUGGAAAAGACGCCGGAAAAUUUUAACACCCGCUUUCCAUUUCGAAAUCCUAAAAAAAUUCGUUGAAGUUUUCGAAUCUGCAGGAGACGUUCUUAUAGAAAAACUGCAGGAGUACGACGAAGACACUAGUGUUGAUUUACAUACUCUAACCACAUUAUACGCGCUUGAUGUUAUUUGUGAAACCGCUAUGGGUACAAAAAUAAAUGCUCAAAGUGGCCAUAACAUCGCCUACGUCCAAAGCGUAAGAAAUAUGUGUAAAACUGUCAUCGAGAGAGCUUUUUCGCCGUUUAAAAUCCACGAUGUAUUCUAUUGGUUGACUAGAGACUAUUAUAAGCAACAAAAGGCGUUAAAAAUUUUACACGGUUUUACUAUGAACGUUAUCAAUUCUAAAAAAGACAGACCUGUCAGAAAUGAUGAGAAAAAGACAGCUUUUUUGGAUGCACUGUUGAAGUUUUUUCAAAAAGAUGAUUACCUCAGUAUCUCUGAAAUUCGUGAAGAAGUCGAUACUUUUAUGUUUGAGGGUCAUGAUACCACAGCGUCUGGAAUUAGUUUUGCGUUGUAUUGUUUAGCCGAUCAUCCGGAAGUCCAGGAAAAAGUUUUUCAAGAACAGAAAGAAAUAUUCGGAGAUCGGAAGAAACCUGCAACGACGUACUCCGAUUUACAACAGAUGAAAUAUUUGGAGUGCGUUCUGAAAGAAACUCUUCGUUUGUAUCCUUCAGUUCCCGUCAUUGGAAGGCAUACGACGGAGGAAAUAAACUUCGAUGGUUAUGUAAUUCCCAAGAAUACUAAUAUUGUCAUUUUUAUUUAUGGUUUACACAGGAAUCAGGAUUAUUUUCCAGAACCUGAAAAGUUUAAACCAGAAAGAUUCGAAAAUAUUGAUAAUGCGUUCUCUUUUUCGUAUAUUCCAUUUAGUGCUGGAUCUAGAAAUUGUAUUGGCCAGAAAUUUGCCAUGUUGGAAAUGAAAAGUGUUAUUUCGAAAAUAGUCCGGCAGUUCGAAAUAAAACCAACCGUCCCUAGGCAUGAAGUGCAGUUGUCUCCAGAGACUGUUUUAAAAUCGGGGAAUGGUGUCAAAGUUACGCUUAAGAAAAGGGAUUAAUACACUGGUGCUUAAAUAUUGUAAGGAAGCAGUGUUUAUAGUUAAAACUCUAUUAUAUAGUCUGGUUAAAUACAUUUGAAUUGUAUAAA